AUGAAAAAGGUUUCAGGUGGUCAAAGUGACGGGAAGAAGUGCGAAUCGAAGAAAGAGCAGCUGGAUGUCUGCCUAGCGGAGGUUGCCCCCCUGAUGCCCAAGAGUGGUCUACCCCAUACCCGACCUCAGUUAAACAAUAUGUGCAAAGCGUUCAAGGGAGGGAUGUCCUGCGUCGACAAAUACACCUCCAGCUGCCUGAGCCAGGAGGAGAGGGCCGAACUGGAGAUGCACUUGAAAGGAGCCAGAUCUUUCCUGGCGUUCCUGUGUGACGAUCCCAGUUUUCAAAAAGACUAUCUGUCGCACGGGCCAUGUUUGCGGGACGUCAGCAGAGACUGGGAAAAAUGUUAUUUUCAUUUUAAACGACUGGUGAGUCUUCAACACAAGGCUACCAACAUUACGGACACUGCGCGGAACCACAACCUAUGUUGCAUCCGCGAGGGCUUCCUGUCGUGUGUGUAUAGGGUUGGUUACUUCCGUUGCCAAAAACACGAGGCGCUCUUUCUCAAGAGGGUAACGGCGACUCUCUCAUACAACGACAUUCAAGAGGAAAAAUGCAGGAACGUGAAUCUCAAAAGCUGCUCGCGAGCAGCUAGCCACCAUUCCCCUGCAACUCUCACCGUUAGUUUUUUUCUGGCGUGCUCCGUGCUUUUGAUGUUUCAGCGCUAUAACCGGAUCUAAUCAUCUUCGGCAGACUACAGAAUGAGCCUGAAAUGUACGUUUAAAAUCCGUUCUCACAGAUGACCUCAUAAUUUCCGUCAGGAUAUCUUUUCCCAGAGUUGCUUGAGGAAAUCAUUGAUGCCUCGAUUAGCACAGUUGGGGUUUUCUCAUGGUUACGUUUUCUAUGACAAUAGAUUCUUUUGGGGUUAAAUUCUCGCUCUUUUAAAGCUUUCGGCUGUUGGGUUGCUUAUCCCAUUGCCCUCUACAGGCAGUAUGAUAUUCCAGAGGCAUUGCCUCUCAAUUUUAUAUUUAACUCCUAAGAUUCUAAACUCGUGAAAUCGAUGCUGUAUCAUUCCUCUUCGUUUGAACAUCUGGGAAGAGCUAUGGGCUUGUCAAUUAACUGUUUUCUUCGCUCGUUUCUGAUAAAUAAGCACGCACAGACCGCUGAGGCUUAUCUCCAAAACAUCCAAAUGAAAUAAAAGUUCCAGGAUCCGCACCGACUCCUACUUAGAUGCUAAAUCUAUUAAACACUUCGACCCAUCAUCUAUAUCAGGCCAUGAAACAUCUUUAAAAUCCAUAAAAAAAAAAUUGACAUAUGUUAUAGGCAGAUAGCUCAAGGACAAUCAAAAGACACGCAUUGCCGGAGGGAAUCCUUAAUGCGAUUUUUUCAAUGAAAGAAAAAAUAAGAAAAUUACCUUUUUUUUCCAAGUGCUUGUUCUCCAACGCAAUUUUUAAUUGCUUAUAAAACUACCAAGUUUUCCAAGCUGUUAGUCUUCCGGUUUAAAGAUACACGAAAGCUUUAUGGUACUAUAAUUCAACUGCAUUUGAGUCAAACCUCACCCUUAAAGAUCAGGCCUCGUCACUCUGUUCCCCUUAUUGUAACAACCAGGCAGUGUUGUCAGUAUUAUUCAUACAUUUUAGAAACUGCAAAACGUUCACGUUCAUUUGUCUCAAUAUUCCACAAUUC